AGGAAGAAAAAAAAAUUUAAUGACAUUUGUCAGUGUCAAAAACUUGGUUCCAUAUUCUUUUUAUGUCAAAACAUUGUAGCUAAAGGUGUUCCAAAAUGGGGAAAGUGAAGUGUUCCGAGUUGCGCACCAAGGACAAGAAAGAACUCUUCAAACAACUAGAAGAGUUGAAAACAGAAUUGACCAAUCUUCGAGUUGCUAAAGUAACUGGUGGUGUUGCUUCCAAAUUGUCUAAAAUACGAGUGGUGCGCAAGGCGAUUGCACGUGUUUAUAUUGUAUACCACCAAAAGAUGAAGGUUAACCUACGUAACCAUUACAAAAACAAGAAAUAUAAGCCUCUAGACUUAAGGCCCAAGAAGACACGUGCUAUGCGUAAGGCUUUAACCAAACAUGAAGCAAAGCUAAAAACAAGGAAAGAAAUCAGAAAGAAGUCCCUGUUUCCACCUAGAGUGUAUGCUGUAAAAGCUUAAAUAAAUUAUUUUAAGCAAA